AUUAAUGUAUAGCACAUCGCCCCCAUGCAAGCUGUUUGGACUGACGCCCGCGGUUCGUCGCCGUCAACUGUUAUGCGCCGUCCUUUCUUCCGUUACGCGAAUUAUUCGUGAGUCGAAUUAGUCGGCACACUGAUGCAUGCUCUGGUGACAAGGCACGAUGGCUGAAAUUAGCAGCCUCGACCUGGUAUCGCACCUGUUGAUGGAUCAGCGAAGCCAAUCGGUGGCCUGCUGCACUGCGGCGGCUGUGGCGCUGAAAGCUGUUCGUUCCUGUUUCUCCGUCAGUUGUUUACGGAUGGGCCCAGCCGCCCAUGACGCUGGUGUUGGCGAUUGUAGGUGCCCAUGGACAGAGACUUGGUAGUCACUGUCUUGUUCGACUUUGAGUACCAUGGCAGUGAUGGAGAACGCGUGUACAUGUGCAAGGAUGAGGAGUUCCUGGUCAUCCAACAGACCAACAGUGACUGGUGGCAGGUGAUCCGGAGCGGAGAGCGCAAGCCGUUCUACGCGCCGACCCAGUACCUGCGCCUGCAGCCGCAUGCCCGGCCGCAGCUGCCGCCCAAGGUCAAGCGGAACGCGCGCGACAGCAGACGGGCGCCGCUCUCCAUCCUAGACGCCGAGCGACAUAUCGGUGGCGACGAUGGCGCCGACGACGACGACAACGACGAGGGCGGCCGGCGCCGCUGCAACUCGCUGGAGGACGCGGCCGCCGGCUCCUCGAGCGUCGAGACGCUGGACGAUUCGCCGCCGGGGCAGCCGGCGCGCGAGCCGGUGGCGCGCCCGCCCGCCGCCCGGCAUCGGCGGCCACGCAUCACCAAGGACCUGUGGGCGCGCCGCAAGUCGUGGUCGGUGGACGAGCGCAGUCGCACAUGGGAGCUGGUGCGGCCGGAGGCGGCGCCGGCGCCGGCCGCCAGCACCAGCAGUCUGGACGGCCGUCACCGCGGCGCCGACGCCGACGGCCGGCCCGGCUUCCAGCGGCAGACCUCGUACGACCGCAGCCUGCAGUCGUUCAGCACCUUCUCCAACCUGCGUCCGGCGCGCGUCGACCUGGCCGGCCACAACGCCAGCUUCAAGCGGACGGCCGAGCGGCUGCCUGACGACGCCGAGCCCUGGUCCGACUCGGAGCCGGCCGACAGCGAGGCGGGCGGCUCCUGCGAGCAGCUGGACCACGUGCGCGCCGCGCUCUACUUCGCCAACCCGCUGCGGCCGCGCUCGGGGCUCAGCCGCUCGGCCGAUCACCUGCCCGUGCCGCGCCCCCGCACGCGGCUGUCGGAGGUGUCGUCGACUCAGAUGAAGGAGGCGCCGCCGGUGCCGCACAUCCUAGACACGCCGCAGCGCUGCCUCUGGGACGGCUGGGGCGAGUACGUGCACCGCGGCAGGAAGUACUACUACAACGUGGACACGCAGAACAGCACGUGGAAGCCGCCGCGACGCAACGUCAAGUCGACGAGCGUGAGCCCGGAGAAGUAUGGCGAGCGGGAGGAGCCGGCGACGCCCGUGCUGGAGGUGGACGUGCCGCUGGUGCCGCUGCCGUCCGGCUGGCGGCGCCGCGUCGACUCCAGCGGCGAGCUCUGCUAUGUGCGCGACACGUCACCCACCCGGUGGUACAGCAAUCAGAACGAGGACGGGCAUGUGUAUUUUUCGAGGAGGGCGGUACGUCCUCUUACUGGGCCCUGCCGUCUGUCGACGAUGGAACUAGUCAGAAUGCCAAAGACAAGAUGA